UAGAGUCCGUCCAGUUCAAGCAGUUUUGGCUCUGAACCCCGCGGUCAGCCUGGUCCUCUUUCUACUUUUGAGAUUUGAAGCUGCCCUUGGGGGCUUGGGUGUGCGGUCUGGACCAGGGGAGCCCCCAGAGACUUCAGUUCUUCUAACCUGUAAGCCACAGACAUUCUGGACAAUUUAAAUCAUCAAUAACGAAGUAUAUUGUUAUGAAACAGUGGGAUAUUUUGAAAGAAUUGGAAGACUUAUCAUGAGUUUAAACACUUCAAGUAAUGUCACUGGUGAUACCCAAAGGUUUUUUUAAUUUUGGUUUAGCCAGUCUCUUCUCCACUUGGGCAGAAUACUGCAGGUUGAAGAAUGCCUCAUCUGAUGUAAUACAAAUGCUUAAAAGUGAAACAGAAUUGGAUAUUACUGCCGAUCUCAGAAAGAAACUCCAUCGGGCUAAGAAAGAAAAGUUAGAAAUAACAACUAAGCACAAUGCUGAGCUGGCAAGCUAUGAGAGCCAGAUUGCCAAGCUACGAUCUGAGGUUGAAAAAGGAGAAGCAUUGCGACAAAGUUUGGAAUAUGACCUGGCUGUUGCUAGAAAGGAAGCUGGUCUUGGAAGACGGGCUGCAGAAGAAAGGUUAGCCGAGGCACAUAGGAUCCAAGAGAAACUCCGUGCUCAGAAUACAGAACUUCAAGGAAGGGCAAAUGAGAUUGAGAAUACACUUCAGACUUCCCAGCAGAAAUGGGAAGAAGAAUGCAGAAGAUUUGAACAUGAUUUGGAGGAAAGAGACAAUAUAAUUCAAAAUUGCAAUCAAGAAUAUGAUUUACUUAUGAAAGAAAAAAGCAAACUAGAGAAAACUCUACAGGAAGCGUUGGAGAAACAUCAGCAGGAGAAGAAUGAAAUGGAGUCUCAUAUCAGGGAGACAGCGCUGGAGGAGUUUAGAUUACAAGCUGAACAAUGGGAAGCAGAAAGAAGAGAGUUACAAUUUAUAGUACAGGAGCAAGAUAAUGCUGUACAAAAUAUGCACAAGAAAGUAGAAAAAUUAGAAGCCGAACACAUGGACUGCUCUGACCUUUUACGGCGACAAACAAGUGAACUCGAAUUUAGCACUCAAAGAGAGGAAUGCCUUCGAAAAGAAUUUGAGGCAACUACUCUCAGAGUGAGGAAAUUAGAAGAAAAUAUUGAAGCAGAAAGAGCAGCACAUUUGGAAUCAAAAUUUAAUUCUGAAAUUAUUCAGUUGCGGAUUCGAGACCUUGAAGGAGCUUUGCAAGUAGAAAAAGCCAGCCAAGCAGAAGCUGUUGCUGAUUUGGAAAUAAUCAAGAAUGAAUUCAAAGAGGUUGAAAGUGCGUAUGAGCGAGAAAAGCAUAAUGCACAAGAGAGCUUUGCAAAACUAAGCUUAUUAGAAAGAGAGUAUUUCUCCAAAAACAAGAAACUAACUGAAGAGAUUGAGGAACAGAAGAAAGUAAUUGCAGACCUUUCAAAGAGACUCCAGUAUAAUGAAAAAAGUUGCAGUGAAUUACAGGAAGAACUUGUAAUGGCUAAGAAGCACCAGGCCUUUCUAGUAGAGACAUGUGAAAAUAACGUGAAAGAGUUGGAAUCGAUCUUGGACAGCUUUACUGUGUCGGGCCAGUGGACAUCAGGCAUUCACAAGGACAAAGCUAAACCUCCCAGCUUCUCUGUUGUCCUUGAGACUUUGAGGCGUACCUUGACAGAUUACCAGAACAAGCUGGAAGAUGCAUCUAAUGAGUUAAACAGCAUGAAUGAUGCUAAGGAAAAGGCAUCUAAUGAACUUGAUUCUACCAAACAGAAGAUAGAAUCUCACACUAAAAAUAUAAAGGAACUUCAGGACAAACUGGCUAAUGCCAGUAAAGAGUUAAGUCAUUUACGCACUAAGUGUGCAGAUAGAGAGGCUCUAAUCGGCACUUUGAAAGUGGAACUACAGAAUGUGCUGCACUGUUGGGAGAAAGAAAAGGCACAAGCAACCCAUUCUGAAUGUGAACUGCAGAAGCUUUCCCAGGCUUUCCAUAAGGAUACCGAGGAGAAGCUAACCUUCCUUCAUACCUUGUAUCAGCACUUGAUAGCAGGCUGUGUGCUCAUAAAACAACCAGAAGGCAUGCUGGAUAAAUUCUCUUGGUCUGAGCUUUGUGCAGUCUUGCAGGAGAAUGUUGAUGCCCUGAUCGCAGACCUCAACAGGGCUAAUGAGAAGAUAAGUCAUCUAGAGUAUAUCUGUAAAAACAAGUCUGAUACGAUGAGAGAGCUUCAGCAGACCCAGGAGGACACCUUCAACAAAGUGGCAGAGCAGAUCAAAGCCCAGGAGAGCUGCUGGCACAAACAGAAGAAGGAGCUGGAGCUGCAGUACUCAGAGCUCCUCCUGGAGGUGCAGAAGAGGGCACAGAAAUUUCAAGAAAUUGCUGAAAAAAAUAUGGAAAAAUUGAACCGUAUUGAGAAGUCACACGAGCAAUUGGUUCAUGAAAAUUCACACAUGAAAAAUGUGUUAUCACAGACUCAAAAGGAACAAACAUCUUUGCUGGCAGCCUGUGCCUUGAUGGCUGGUGCCUUAUACCCUCUCUACAGCCGAUCAUGUGCCUUAUCUACACAGAGAGAUUUUCUCCAGGAGCAGGUCAAUACCUUUGAGUUGUUCAAACUGGAAGUUAGAACUCUAGCCCAGGCUUUGUCAACUGUAGAGGAAAAGAAGCAAGAGGAAGCCAAGAUGAAGAAAAAACCAUUCAAAGGAUUAAUACGUGUGUUUCGGAAAGGUGUUAUUGCAAUUUUGGCAGCAAACAGACUCAAGGUUUUGGGCCAAUCAUGUGCCUCUCUUUUUACCUGGAUGGAGAGUUUCAAAGAAGGCAUAGGCAUGUUAGUGUGCACAGGAGAGCCCAAAGACAAGCAUAAAUUUCCAAAACAUCAAAAGGAGCAGUUACGUUGUUUGCAGGCGCUCAGCUGGCUCACCAGUUCUGACCUUCUUGCUGCAAUAAUCGCUUCCAUGGCUGAGUUACAGGAAGUCAUUAGUAAAACAGAUCCAAAUUCCAGAAUUUGUGGACACUUACUUAUAGGUGCAGCCAAGAAUUCUUUUGCAAAACUCAUGGAUAAAAUUAGUUUGGCAAUGGAGAGUUUGCCUUUGCACAGUAGCAGCAGAAGUAUUACAUAUGUGGAAAAAGAUUCCCUGGUUCAGAGGUUGGCCCGUGGACUUCAUAAAGUAAACGCAUUGGCCCUGAAAUAUGGACUGCGGGGCCAUGUACCCAUUUUGAAGAGCACGGCAUCAUUACAGAAGCAGAUCUUUGGAUUUACACAAAGACUGCACGCAGCAGAAGUGGAGCGCCGCUCACUGCGCUUAGAGGUCACAGAAUUCAAGCGAAAUGUGAAUGAAAUGAAAAAGGAGCUCGACAAAGCUCAGGGUCUCCAGAUGCAGUUAAAUGAAUUUAAGCACUCUAAAUUGAUCACCCAUGAGAAGUUUGAAAGUGCAUGUGAAGAACUGAAUAAUGCAUUACUUCGGGAACAGCAGGCACAAAUGCUAUUGAAUGAGCAGGCACAGCAACUACAGGAGUUGAAUUAUAGACUUGAACUGCAUUCCAGCGAGGAAGCUGACAAAAACCAAACUCUGGGAGAAGCUGUUAAGAGUCUCUCCGAGGCAAAGAUGGAGCUGAGAAGAAAAGAUCAAUCUCUGCGUCAGCUCAAUAGACAUCUUACCCAGCUGGAGCAGGACAAGCGUCGACUGGAGGAGAACAUCCAUGAUGCAGAGAGUGCCCUCCGCAUGGCAGCCAAAGACAAAGAGUGUGUUGCUAAUCAUAUGAGAACAGUAGAAAGUAUGCUUCAUAAGGUCAGAGAUCAGAUCUCGCUGUCACGGACUGCGGCAAGUAGGAAUGACUUCACCCUGCAGCUACCCAAACUGCACCUGGAGACCUUUGCAAUGGAGGGGCUCAAGGGCGGGCCAGAGGUUGUAGCGUGCCAGAAUAUGAUUAAAAGUUUCAUGGACGUCUACCAGCUUGCAAGCUCCAGAAUCGCUACCUUAGAGAAGGAAAUGACGUCCCACCGAAGUCACAUCGCAACCCUGAAGUCAGAACUUCACACGGCCUGUUUACGUGAAAACGAAAGUUUACAAUCGACAGGAUCACGAGACCAUUCAAAUCUCUCAGUUCCUUCAAGAGCUACUCUUCCUGCUGACAUGAUUGGUGUUGGGGAGUUUCUACCUCUGAAAGCUGAACUUGAUACAACUUACACCUUCUUAAAGGAGACAUUUAUAAAUUCUGCGCCCCUGACAUCAUCUCACUCCUCUCCAGUAACUAUGUCUGCUAAUGCCAAAAGGCCAGCUCAGAUUGGAUUAUGACUUUAUGAAAUAAAAAAAAAAAAAAUGCAGGAAGAGUUAACAGUACAAUUACAAUUGUUUUCAAGGGGGAUUUUCUUAUUAGUUGAGUUUUGUUUCAACGCAAGUGGCAGUGGGUUUUUGAAAAUUGUGUGACAUCUUGAUGUAUACAGGUACUAUCUGUGUCUCCUUGAAUAAUGAAAUAACCAACU